AAUGAUUGAUUGAUGGCUUAGGUUGGGCUGAUGGUCUGGCGGUGAUGGGGAGAUCCCCACUGCCACUACAACCCCCGGCCAAACUUCGGCUUUCCUGUCCACGUUGUCCCUCGACCGCAGCCCGCACUUUCUUCCACAGCCAUAACAGGUGAUGAAUCCAUCAUCCAUCCCAUCUUCUUCACCUUUAUUAUCCAUUACACCUUUCCAACAACUGCCCUUUUCCCAAGUAUCAGCUUGCUCCGAUCAUAGCGUAGCUGUAUAUACUACAGUACCUCUUCAAUACCCAUAUACCGCUCUCUUUGAUACCCCAGCUAAACUACCUUUCCGUUCACCCUCCCUACAUCCUCGAUACCGGUCUCGUCAUGCCUCUCAGUUGGUCACAGUGGGGCCAAUCAGUGAUUGCCAACGUCGCUGGCACCCAGGAACCCGAGUAUGGCCCGGAAGCGUUCCAUAGCGUCGCCAAGCAGGAGGGACCCUUCAGGGAGACCGUGAAGGAGGAUUUCAAAUGGGAAGCUUUAGAGUCCACAUGCGUAGAGACUCAGACUUUCUAUCUGCUGGCCGACAAUGGUCACGUGGCGAUAUGCCAGGUCAUUUACAGCAACGUCAUGGGUAUCAAUACGACAUGCCAAUUCUCUUCCAAGCUGUUCUUCCCCAAGGAAUCCUCCCCGCCACUGUGGUCUACCGAACCCGUUACCAACCACAGCUUUGACGACGACCACUACUGCUUCAAGGCUGACAAAUGCUCGCUCGAUCUGUCCGAAGAUGGCACGACGAUUCAUGUCAAGUCAUCCACUUCAACGCAGGUGGUGAUUGACGUCAAGCUGACCCGCUUGUCCCCUGGUUUCGUGGUGGGAAAGGACGGGAGGUCCACAUAUGGCACGGAGCUGGACAAGCCCUGGGGUUCGAUGAGACAUGCUUUCUGGCCUCGAUGUAGUGCCGAAGGCUCGUUUAUCACCCAGGCUCAUGGGGUGAUUGACUUUAAGGGCAAAGGCUUGAUGAUUCAUGCUCUGCAAGGAAUGAAGCCACAUCAUGCUGCUGCCCGGUGGAAUUUCAUCACUUGCGUGACACCAACCUAUUCUGCCGUUAUGAUGGAGUUCACGACCCCACCAUCCUAUGGCCCGACGGUCGUUACCGUGGGAGGAAUUGCAACCGAUGGCAAAAUCCUAAUGGCAGGUGCCAAUAAUACCGUCACGCAUCUCAAAACCAAGGAGGACGGAGAGACGGCUUGGCCCGAGCCCACCGAAGUCAAAUAUGAGUGGCGAGGCGACAAAAUCAGUGCCGUGAUGGAAGGAGAGCUAGGGAAACGGCUAGACAGGAUCGAUGUUCUGGCCCAUGUUCCCACGUUCAUCAAGAACCUCGCCGGCGGUGUCGCCGGGACAUAUCCUUAUAUCUAUCAAUUCUCGCCCAAUCUGCCGCUUAAGAUCACGAUCGAUGGAGAGGAGAAAACUGAAGAAGGCAUGGUCUUCGCAGAAUCGACCUUCAUCGUGUGAGCUUGAACAACCAGAACAGUAUCAAUACUGGCCCCACACUCGCUUCAAAUAUCAUGACUAUCAUCACGAUCUGCCCUUGGAAUUCUUCCUCCGCGGUAUCAACGACACUCGCUCGACAGACUACAUAAUGUCUAAUCAUCAUC